UAAAACAAACUCUUAUUCACAGAGGAGCUUUAUCCUAAUUUCACUGGGUUAUUCCCAUUUCUCUCAUUUCCCCAGAGACAGCAGCUGAUAGUCGCCCAGAAUAGAAAAUGAAAUUCUUAAAAGGUUUAAAUUGGCAUAUGAGAGGCUAAUUUAAUGAAACAGGCUGUGGCGGUCAAUCUGAUCAGAAUACAUUUAAUUAACUUUGAAGCAAUUCCAACUUUUAGGCUAGAGCUCAGGCCUUAAAUGACCACAAUAUCCUUAAAAUGUCUUUACAGGGACUUAAAUGUGUCUACUGUACUGUGCGCAUAGUGCCUUCACAAAAUGUUCUGUAUUUACUUUUUUUUCUGUGAGAUUUUAUUCAUUUUAAAACACGGGGUCAGUAUGAGGAAGAAACAAGCUUAGGAAGAAACAAUUAAAACCAAAAGAGUAUUUUUUCCCCCCCUCUGGUAGCAUCCUGCCAGCAACGCCCUGCAUCCCAGACCGGCGUGCGUACCACACAGACGCACUAACCGGUAAGAGGAUAACGGCUGCUGCUAUAUCGAGCUGCUGCUGCUGAAGCAUCUGCAGCACUGUUUUGGCUGUUAUUGUUUCAUUCCAGAUGUCUCGGGCUGAAGAUUGUCAUCAACACCACUGCUGAGGAUGUGUGUGAGCAUUUCGAUGCGAGUUCGGGACGGAUGGAUUCGAUGAAAGGAAUAAUCUUACCGAGGAAAAGCAUGACAGGCACCGUGUUCCCCUGACGAUUUUCUGGGAUGCAGUCAUAGUUUCAGGCCGGACAUGAUUUUAAUCUCAGGAGUUGCUGUAGUGGAUGUGGGACGAUGUGCACCGCACCCCGAGAGAUACUGAUAAGGAGAACACAGCUCGGUCCUUUAAUGACCCUCAACCGAUCCGGAUUUUUCCUGGACUGUGGCGCACAGGAUCAACUGAGCACUGUUGCUCUCAUCCAGAGAGGAGAACCAGGGCUGAGCUGCUCACCUGGUCAUUUCAACACACAAUAAUAACUUUUUUUAGCAUGGCUGAGAGGACACUGGAGCAGGGCUCGGUCAGCAUCCCCAUGGAGGAGACCAAACUCCCUGGCGGCGCACCUCAGGAGGCGCCACUGCUCAUCCACUUGAAGAAAGUUGAGAACCACAUCACUGAUGCUCAGCGCUUCUCCCACCUCCCACGCCGCUCUGCUGUGGACCUGGAAUUCAAUGAGCUCUCGCACACCAUCCGCGAGGGUCCCUGGUGGAGGAGGAGAGGUUACAAAGCCCUCCUCAAGUGUCUGUCAGGAAGAUUCAAUAGCAGAGAGCUGAUUGGCAUCAUGGGGCCUUCUGGAGCCGGGAAAUCCACUCUGAUGAAUAUUCUGGCGGGUUACAGGGAGACGGGCAUGAAGGGCCAAAUCCUGGUGAAUGGUCGGCCAAGGGACCUGAGGACCUUCAGGAAGAUGUCCUGCUACAUCAUGCAGGAUGACAUGCUGCUGCCACACCUCACUGUGAGGGAGGCCAUGAUGGUUUCUGCCAAUCUGAAACUGAAUGAGAGCAUGCAGGUCAAAAAAGAACUUGUGGAUGAGAUCCUGACUGCUCUGGGUCUUCUGGACUGUGCUCAUACACGCACCAACUCUCUCUCUGGGGGCCAGCGUAAAAGACUGGCCAUUGCCCUCGAGCUGGUCAACAAUCCUCCUGUCAUGUUCUUUGAUGAGCCCACCAGUGGUCUGGACAGCGCGUCCUGCUUCCAGGUUGUUUCCCUCAUGAAGUCUCUGGCUCAGGGUGGACGGACAAUCAUCUGCACCAUUCAUCAGCCCAGUGCCAAGCUCUUUGAGAUGUUUGAUAAGCUGUACAUCCUCAGUCAGGGUCAGUGCAUAUACAAGGGCACAGUCCCUUAUCUCAUCCCGUAUCUGAAGAACCUGGGCCUCCACUGCCCAACAUAUCACAAUCCUGCUGAUUUCAUCAUUGAGGUGGCGUCAGGGGAGUAUGGGGAUCUGAAUCCAGUGCUGUUUGAGGCUGUCCAAGGUGGACUGUGCUCCGAGGAGGGGAAGAAGAACUCCAGAGACAAAAGUGACUCUUCCUGUCCCGCUCAAUGUCACAGUGACACAGGAACUCUUGAGAAACAUAGCUUUGCCACCAGCACAUUCACACAGUUCUGCAUUCUCUUCAAAAGAACCUUCAUUACGAUAUGCAGGGACACGGUGCUGACCCACCUCAGGGUGAUGUCCCAUCUGUGUGUUGGAGUGCUGAUUGGCCUGCUUUAUCUCAAAAUUGGAAAUGAUGCCAGCAAGGUCUUCAACAACACUGGCUUUCUCUUUUUCUCCAUGUUGUUCCUCAUGUUUGCUGCCCUGAUGCCCACCGUCCUAACCUUUCCUCUGGAGAUGGCCGUGUUUAUAAGGGAAUAUCUCAACUAUUGGUACAGCUUGAAGGCCUAUUACUUGGCCAAAACCAUGGCUGAUGUACCGUUCCAGGUGCUUUGUCCAAUCAUGUACUGUAGUAUCGUGUACUGGAUGACUGAACAGCCACCAGAGGCGAGUCGCUACCUGCUCUUUAUGGCCUUGUCCACAUCCACGGCCCUGGUAGCCCAAUCCCUGGGUUUGCUUAUAGGUGCUGCAUCCACAUCUCUGCAGGUGGCAACCUUUGUGGGUCCAGUCACAGCCAUACCUGUGCUCCUCUUCUCUGGCUUCUUCGUCAAUUUUGACACCAUUCCCAAAUACCUACAGUGGAGCUCUUAUGUUUCUUAUGUCAGGUACGGCUUUGAGGGGGUGAUACUCUCUAUCUAUGGGAUGAACCGGUCGGAGCUGGAGUGUCCGGGUGUAGUGUGUAAGUUCCAAAAGCCAGAGGAGGUCCUACAGCUGCUGGAUGUGGAGGAUGCAAAGCUCUACGUGGACUUCAUGGUGCUGGGGGUUUUCUUCCUGGUCCUCAGGUUGGCUACAUACCUGGUUCUGCGCUACAAAGUCAAGUCAGAGCGUUAGGACGCCCAGAGGCAACCACUGAUGGUGUGAGAUAGUAAGCAAACAUAUAGUCUCUCUUUCUCUGUCUCUAGUUCACAUACAUGUACAAAGACAUACACAAGUUCAGCACAUAAAAUCAUCACAAAGUUGUGUUGCGGGUGCCCCAGUAGCUCACCUGGUAGAGCGCACGCACCAUGUACAAAGACUGAGUCCUUACCGCAGCAGCUCAGGUUCAAUUCCAGCCCGGGGCCCUUUGCUGCAUGUCAUCCUGUCUCUCUUCAGCUGUUCCUAUCUAAGGUUAAAAAAAAAUUCUUUAAAAAAAAAAAGAACGUUGUGCUGCACCAUUACCCAAACUGUACAGUAUAUUAUCUUUGAAAUGGUUUGUUAUUCAAGAAAAGGGACAGUUUAGACCGUGGAGUGUAGUUUAACCCCCCCCACCCCAUUAUUAGUUGUCCUCCAGUUAAUAGUAUUUUUCAGAUCACCAUUACCUUCCAGAAAUAUUGUGUAUCUGCACCAUUCAUAAACAGAAUAUCCAACAAAGUAACGCAAAGCAUGUUUCUUUAAACUGAGAAAUUUGGAUUCGUACAUAUUUGGUCACUCCAAGUAAGUGCCACAUGAAUCAUGAGCUCAAGCCUCUGGGUUUAUGGGGACCCAUAGUGCCCAUCUUGGUGCAGGAGUGCUCACUAACUUGUAGCUUCUCAAUCCAAUGCCUAAAAAUACAAGGUCCACAUCAGAAUCCUGUUAAUUGAUACGUAAUUGGACAGCACCCAUCAAGGAACAAGAUUUCAAGAUGGAUAUCCUCGUAUUGCCAUCAGGAAAAGUGGAAACUUUCAGUGCCAGAAAUGUUUUGUGUAGCUUCUCGCUCUCCUGUAGGAUCAUCUCAUCGUGUAUCCUUACCAAGACGCUGAACAUGAUGGCUUUUCUUUAUGGAAUACGACCUUAACAAAUCGACUGCCAGUGGAUGACUUUCCUCGCUUUCCAUCUCCAGUAUGGAUCAUUUUCCUUCUGCCCUACCUUUAAUGGUGGUAGAAUGUUUAGACAUGGAUGAAAUGUUUGUAAAAAAAAGUCAGUCUUAAACAAAGACUGAUAUGGAAUCACCCUGCAACCUGGCCUAUGAUUCCUUACUUGCUCCUUAUUAUACACGUUUGUUUCUGCCAUAAGCCAAGGAAGCAGUCAGUGAACUGGGAGCAAAAUGUGAAAGCAAGCAUGAAUGCUGUUUCCAGCCUGAUUCGGAGGGCUGUCUUAAUCCCAUUGGAUGCAACGAGAGAAUGUUUAAGGUGAAGUGCAAUAGCCUAUUCUAUGAUUAAAAAAAGUGAUGUUUGUCUAAACGGUGUCGCUCUUUUGACACAAUUCUUUGAACUGCUUGUUUCCACUCGUUGUAUGACUCUUUGACCUCCUCCCUCAGCUACAAAAGGAAAUAUCCUUUUUUCUCUGCUUCUCUUUAUCUCUGCUUUGCUGAUGUCUGACAGAUGUGUGUUGUCCAAAGCAAUGCUAGAUACUUGAAAUGCUGGCUGGGCAGUGUCUGCGCCUCUGAACUAGAAUGAUUUGAGUUUAUUUUGCUUCAUUGUUUGCACAUACACCUUAUGUCAGUGUACAUGCUGGUUCUCACGCACACACACAGGUACAUAUGCACACAGACACACACACACACACACAAGCAAACACACGCAUUCACCCUUGGCAAUGUUUAGAAGAGCCUCUCCUUGUCACAGGGCAAUGCAAAUAUUUUCCAAUAGACUUGCUAUGAAAUAUUUCUUACUCAAACUAUCCUACUUAGUAAUCCUUAUUAUAAUGCAUAAAAUAACGUAUAUAAUCAAUGAUUGUACAGUGAAUAUGUCAUGCUGUAAACUAAUGUACAUUUGCACUUUUCAAUGUAUGUUUAUUCUUUUUUAUUUAUUUGUAUUUAAUUUUAUUUUCAUAUAUAUCUAUGUGAUGAGUGCUGCUUGAAAGUAUAAUGGGAAAACAGCAACUGAAUGUUGCAUGUUCACUUUAGGAAUGAAAUUUAUGAAAUAUUAAAUUUCAGAGUAUAGCAUAAUGAUUUUAUUUCCUCAUUCAAAUGUAUGUAUCUUGCCAUGUUUGAGGAGAUGCAAAUCCUCUGCUUCCUGCUGAACAUUUUUAGAAUAUCUGGAAUUGAGUGCGUCAUUGGUGUAGAUAAAAAAAGAAAGAAUCAGCAGUGAGAAGGUAACAUAUUAGAGUGUGAAAUGUGCUGGAUGAUAAACAACAGUCAGCCAAACGUAUCAUUAUGUAGCUAAAGAGAUUGGCAGUCUCUUUAGGCACUAACUGGAUCAGAGAGCGAUCAGUAAUCACUGAUGGAGGUUUGGAUUCUGUCAUAAAUAGCAAUAGUCAACAUUGUGAUGUUUAAUUGUUAUACCUCCACUGCUGUGGCAUCAGUCAGUUUAUAUGUUUUAUAUUAAGAACUUGAUUUGAGUCCUUUUGUUCCUACCAGUUUUACUACAUGCAAUAAGCAUCCAAAGGUAUUUUAACUCUAUGAGACCAAUUUCAUGAAUGGAAAAUGUGACGCUGCAAUCUGUUUUUUUCAUUUUAGUUGUGUUUUUGUUGCUUCUGUUCAGUAACAUAGGCUAAUCUGGUGGACAUGUUUAACGGAUGACCCUCUUAAGGAUUCAAUUAGAGGGACAGAAGCAGAAUAAUAAUAGUAAAAUGUACUGUAGAUGGGUGCUGGACAAGGUAAAGCCACUGGGCAGAUGUUGCCAUUUUAUUGUCAGACCCCAUCAAGAUAAUUGGAUCUCAAGUUAGAGCAGGAAAAUGUGUAGCAUGGGAAAAAUAUUGCAUAAAGCCAGUUUUACUACCAAAACACCAGAUAUGUGUUUUAACCUUCCCCAAAUUAUAUAAAAACAACAUGAGUUGGUAGCAGACCUGCGUGUAUGACUUAGUAUGGUAAAAAAAUAAAUAAAUCUAACUGCAGAAAAGAAACAGCUCCAACCCUGGAACAAAGCAGGCAUAAUUAGCAGUAUUGAAGUCGUUAACCAGUCAAAGUCUCAGCCUGAGGUCUAAAAGCCUGUGGUACCAAAGAAGAGGAAAACAAAUCAUCCUUUCUCUGCUGCCAAAUGUGAAAUAUAGUGGGCACACUUCUCAGUGAGAUUAUGUUGUCAAAUGUCAAAAAAUCUGACCAAAGAAAGUGCUCUGAAAAAACGUCCACAAUUACAAUAGUAACUGAAAACCCACUGGAUUUUCCUGAUUUCUGGAUUUUCAAUCCAUGACAAAAUUGUCAUGUUUUUUAAGAUUUGUUUUCCAUUGUCCCUUCCAGGUCAGAAAAGUGAUCAUUACAGACAGAUAUGAUUUGGCUCCAGUGGAGAUACUAAAUCAUUUAAUGUUAAACAAAUGUAAUCAUGUGUAAGCAGUAUUCUGGAAGUGAUGGUGCAGGAUGAGUGAAUACUCAAAUCAAAAAGUUUUUUCACUCUCUUUGACACUUUUAUUUAUCAUUUCACCUGUUUGUCAUAAUACGCCACCUGACUUUAGUGCACUCAAUCAUGCAUGGUAAGUAAUAUUAUGCAGGCUAUCCCUACAGAAAACUAUGAUUGAGUGAAAAUUAGUAAUAGAAUGGAAGGCUGUUUAACAAAGAUUGUUCUUUGUGAUUGUUAUUUUUGUCUGAUUUAAUUUGUUUAUCAUUUACAGUUUAAUGUAUGGUUUCUCAACUCAAAAAAUGCAAGUUCUGUAUACUGAACGCUGUUCCAAGGAUUAUAAUAAAGAUCAUUUAUAACCUUU